AUGGAGGCGAAAGAGUCUAGACCUCAGGGUUUUCCGGAGCUUAAGAAUGACACCUUCCUUCGAGCAGCCUGGGGAGAAGAAACAGACUACACUCCUGUUUGGUGCAUGCGGCAGGCAGGACGCUACUUACCAGAGUUUAGGGAAACUCGGGCUGCCCAGGACUUUUUCAGCACCUGUCGCUCCCCAGAAGCCUGCUGUGAACUUACCCUGCAGCCACUGCGUCGCUUCCCUCUGGAUGCUGCCAUCAUCUUCUCCGACAUCCUUGUUGUACCCCAGGCACUGGGCAUGGAGGUGACCAUGGUACCUGGCAAAGGGCCCAGCUUCCCAGAACCAUUAAGAGAAGAGCGGGACUUAGAGCGCCUCCGGGAUCCAGCAGCAGUGGCCUCUGAGCUGGGCUAUGUGUUCCAGGCCAUCACUCUCACUCGACAGCAGCUGGCUGGGCGUGUGCCACUGAUUGGCUUUGCUGGUGCCCCGUGGACUCUGAUGACAUAUAUGGUUGAGGGUGGCGGCUCAAGCACCAUGUCUCAGGCCAAGCGCUGGCUUUACCAGAGACCACAAGCCAGUCACCAGCUGCUUCGCAUCCUCACUGAUGCUCUUGUCCCUUAUCUGGUAGGACAAGUGGCUGCUGGUGCCCAGGCAUUGCAGCUCUUUGAGUCCCAUGCAGGGCAUCUUGGCCCACAACUCUUCAGUAGGUUUGCACUGCCCUACAUCCGUGACGUGUCCAAGCAAGUGAAGGCCGGGCUGCAGGAGGCAGGCCUGGCACCGGUGCCCAUGAUCAUCUUUGCCAAGGAUGGACAUUUUGCCCUGGAGGAGCUGGCCCAGGCUGGCUAUGAGGUGGUUGGGCUUGACUGGACAGUGGCUCCCGAGAAAGCCCGGGAACGCGUGGGAAAGACGGUGACCCUGCAGGGCAACCUGGACCCCUGCGCCCUGUAUGCAUCUGAGGAGGAGAUUGGGAAGCUGGUGCAGCAGAUGCUGAAUGAUUUUGGGCCACAGCGCUACAUUGCCAACCUGGGCCAUGGACUUUACCCCGACAUGGACCCGGAACAUGUGGGAGCCUUUGUGGAUGCUGUGCACAAACACUCUCGCCUGCUUCGACAGAAUUGA